UUGCUCUCUUCACCCAAACCGAGAGGCGGUUCUAUUUCUUCCCCUCUUUUUCUCUUCCUCUUCUCUCGUUUCCGGUCCACCGUCGACUUUCCUCGAUCCUGGGAAUUUUACCCCAAAGUCAUGACGGAUCAUCAACACCCUCAUACCGAGGAGACCCCGGUCGAUAAGGGUCCGAUGAUCGCGGAGAGCAUGUCACCAUCCGAGGCAAGCUCCUCUUCCUACACAGCUGGCGCGGAGAAGCCUGACGCUGUCAAAGUCCCCUCACGCACCUCACACGACCAACUUCCCGUUGAAACAGAGAAAGGCGAUGAUGGGACGCUAGAAGAUCAUGCUGUCGCUGCUGCGAGCAGCGCACCGCUGGACCGGGUGCCGUCUCAGGCACAGAAGCUGGGCAAGAAGAAGAUCUUGGUCGUUAUGACGGCUCUCUGCUUGGCCCUGUUCUUGGCAGCUCUAGAUAUGACUAUCGUCUCGACAGCGCUACCGACAAUCGCGAACCACUUCCAUGCAUCGGAAGGCGGAUACUCAUGGAUUGCCUCCUCUUACAUGCUGGCCAACGCAGCCUGUGUACCCCUCUGGGGAAAGAUUAGUGAUGUCUGGGGCCGCAAGAAAAUCAUUCUGAUUGCCAACUUCCUGUUCCUGGUGGGGAGUCUGAUCUGCGCGCUGGCUGUGAACCUACCCAUGAUCAUCGCCGGCAGAGCGAUUCAGGGAGCCGGUGGCGGUGGAAUCAUCGUCUUAGCUAAUAUUUGCGUGACGGAUUUGUUCAGUGUCAGGGAGCGCCCAAUGUAUUAUGGUCUCUUCGGCUCCACCUGGGCCAUUGCAGGCGCCUUGGGUCCUAUCAUCGGUGGUGCUUUCACUACCAGCGUGACCUGGCGGUGGUGCUUCUACAUCAACUUGCCCAUCGGCGGCUUCUCAUUCGUCAUCCUCGUGUUCUACCUCAAGAUCGAAGCCAGCAAAGUACCCCUUCUCGCAGGAAUGCGUUCUAUCGACUGGUCAGGCACCUUCCUCAUGAUCGGCGGCACGCUCAUGUUCCUUUUCGGCCUAGAAUUUGGCGGCGUCAGCUACCCAUGGGCAUCGGCCACAGUGAUCUGCUUGAUCAUUUUCGGUUUGGUGACGUGGGUGGUCGCCUUCAUCAACGAAUGGAAGAUCGCGCGCUACCCAGUGAUUCCUAUCCGGUUGUUCAACAACUUUCACAACGUGCUUAUGCUCCUGAUCAACUUCUGCCACAGCUUCGUCUUCAUCUCAGGCUCCUACUACCUCCCUCUCUACUUUCAGACGGUACUCCUCGCAUCGCCGAUCCUCAGCGGUGUCUACGUGCUUCCGACCGUGCUCAGUCUCUCCUUUGUCUCCGCAGCCACAGGCGUCGUCAUUAAGAAGACGGGCCGCUACCGCGAGCUCAUCAUCGGCGGUCUUCUCCUGAUGACGAUCGGCUACGGCCUCUUCAUCGACCUGAAGGCCUACGCCAGCUGGCCGCGUAUUAUCAUCUACCAGAUCAUCGGUGGCAUCGGCACCGGCCCGCUCUUCCAGUCGCCGCUCGUCGCCCUACAAGCCAACAUCCACCCCACCGAUAUGGCUGCUGGUACCGCGACCUUUGGCUUCAUGCGGCAGGUCUCCGCCGCCAUCUCGAUCGUCCUCGGUACUGUCAUCUAUCAGAACGUCUUCGCCGGCCGCAUGCCGCAGAUCACCGCUGCCGUCGGCGCCGAAACCGCCCACACCAUUGCCUCCUCCUUCAGCGGCUCCCAGGGCGAUCUCCUGCGCUCUCUGCCCAAGGCCGAGCGUCAGGUCGUCCUCGACGCCUACACGACCGCCUUCAGCCGCAUGUGGAUCUUCUACUGCGCCAUCGCCGCUCUCGGUCUGGCGCUGAGCUUGCUCAUCCGGCCCGUCACCCUGAGCAAUAAUCACACCAUCGCCAAGACCGGCCUCGAGGAACAGGAGAAGGCCCGCAAGGCUGUGCUGGAGGCUCAAAAGCAGCAACAACAACAACGGUCCGGUGACCUCAGGUCCAAGGAGGAGGUUUAGAUCCUCCUCGCCCCGUCUAUUACCUGCAUAUAUCGCCUCCUGCGAGAGAAACCCCUAGCGAACGGAACAGUGGUGUGAUAACCCUCACACCAGGGAUUAGAACAAACCCCUCCAAAAAUCGGAGCUUAUAUCCCUCCAACAUUUUAAUGUCUACAACAUAUUUCAUCCUUACCCUCCCCCGCCUUCCUUGUCCCGGGCACUGAAACCUUCACAAGCAAAAAGCAAACCUGGGUCUACAUUAUCAUUUUCUGAAUAUACCUGAGGUGAAAGAAGGAAAUGGCGGAUUAUAGGAGGGGAAGGGGGGUGGUUUUCCCCUGUCUUCAUCUUUUCAUUGCAUUGCAUUGCACUUUGAUUCCCACGAGAAAACCGGCAGCAGCAUUUCCAGCAUCAUGCGAGAGAGUUUCAUGUUUUACCUUAUUUACCCACAUAUCUAUCUCAGAAUCUUACUGAAACUACACGAAGAAUCAUGUCUAUACU